UUACUGUAUGGUUAUCGUUCUAAGUUAUGCAUACUUCAUGUGAAUGUGCCUUUACCCUAGGUCCUUCAUUCUCGAAUGUGAAGCCGACGGACCCUAGCAGGAAGGACCAGAGAAAAGUGUUUGCUUAAGGUAAUUGGGAUGACAUGCAUGACCUUCUGGCUCUCCUCUCUACUGAGACCGAUCUGGCCACAGCAGGGCAGGCCCAGCUCCAACAGACCGAUCUGACCACAGCAGCGCAGGCCCAGCUCCAACAGACCGAUCUGGCCACAGCAGCGCAGGCCCAGCUCCAACAGACCGAUCUGGCCACAGCAGGGCAGGCCCAGCUCCAACAGACCGAUCUGGCCACAGCAGCGCAGGCCCAGCUCCAACAGACCGAUCUGACCACAGCAGCGCAGGCCCAGCUCCAACAGACCGAUCUGACCACAGCAGCGCAGGCCCAGCUCCAACAGACCGAUCUGGCCACAGCAGGGCAGGCCCAGCUCCAACAGACCGAUCUGGCCACAGCAGCGCAGGCCCAGCUCCAACAGACCGAUCUGGCCACAGCAGCGCAGGCCCAGCUCCAACAGACCGAUCUGACCACAGCAGCGCAGGCCCAGCUCCAACAGACCGAUCUGGCCACAGCAGGGCAGGCCCAGCUCCAACAGACCGAUCUGGCCACAGCAGCGCAGGCCCAGCUCCAACAGACCGAUCUGGCCACAGCAGCGCAGGCCCAGCUCCAACAGACCGAUCUGGCCACAGCAGGACAGGCCCAGCUCCAACAGACCGAUCUGGCCACAGCAGCGCAGGCCCAGCUCCAACAGACCGAUCUGACCACAGCGGCGCAGGCCCAGCUCUAACAGUGGUCUUCCCAACAGGCUGUCCUGUUCU